GCCAUUUUGCAAUUUAAGAAAAUUACUUUGAUAGGUGUACCUAGCAAUGUAACUUGAAAGAGUGAGUGAAGUUGAAAGAAAAUGGUGAGAGGAAGUAAAGAGGUUCUGCAAAAAGCAGCCAAAACCCUAACCGAUAUCCUCGUUUGCCCUCUCUCUAAGCAACCUCUGAGGUAUUGUGAGGAAUCAAAUUCCUUAAUCAGUGAUGCUAUUGGCGUUGCGUUUCCCAUAAAAAAUGGGGUACCGUGCUUGGUUCCAACUGAUGGGAAGAUACUUGAGGAAGAAGAUGCGUCAAAACAUGACAGCGACACCAAUUUAUCAGCUCUAAAUGAAGAGAGUCAUGGAAGAAGUGCCUGAGAUUAAGUUGUACAAGAAGAGCAAGAAAUAAAGAUAAAAGUUUGCAGUGACACCUAUAUAUAGUAGUGUAACUAUCAUGUUUUUACGUUCGCUAUCCAUCAUGAGAUUUUAGUUUUUACCGAUAUCAAUAAAUGUUAUUAUUCAUUGUCAUAUCUAAAAGAGAUAAGAGAAAAAAGUGAGUGUAAAUCACAGGACUCUCAGGAUUUUGCUUCUUACAUCAGAUCAAAGAAAGACACACUUUGUGACGUGUCUGUUCAAAUA